GCAACUGUCUGGCUGGCCGGGAGAAAGGGAGGAGCUCGGAGAGCUGCUAGAGGUGCCGAGGGACGGCAGGACGCACCUGGAGACCCGCGGGACGCCCAAUUGCUCCACUCUCUAAGAAGAGGAGGAGGAACAGUUUCAUUGUGACGGCCAGGCAUGAUGUCAGCAUGCGGAGGUCCCAGGUUUGUCUGUAGAUGGUUGCCUGGUUAAGGAUGUGGAUGUCAUUGUGUCUGCUGUGAAGCCACCAUUUCCAGGUUGCUGUGCAGCUCAAGAACAGUCAGAGGAGAAUGGGGACAUUGAGGGACUUUCCAAGGAGGUUACAGAAUGUCUGCUGUCUUCUUUGUUCUGCAGUGAAGCCGCCGGGCACAGGUCUGGGACCCUUCAGCCCCUGUCCUUCUCUCCCUCCCAAUGUAUGCACAUUCAUUGGAUGGUCUGAAAAGAACUCUGCAUAUACAAUGAUACUGUAUUAAAAAAGCUGUAGUUGUCACCUUGGUACUGGAUGGAGCAUAUUGGUACACCUAGAGCCUCUAGAUGUAUAUUGAGCUGUAUAAAACAACAACAACAACAGUGGAAUGAAAGCCUGCUCUGGAUUAAUGUUGCCAGCUGUCAAUCUGAGGAUCUUGCCUGCAUCCCAAAAGGUCUGAAGGAGGGGGGGGGAAGAGAGAGAGAGAGAUGUAGUUGCUGCACCUCCACUGCUCCAUCGGAUCCCCCUGUCUUCUCCUCCAGCCUCCUCCCUAUCUGCUUGCCCUAGCAGGAAUACCCUGCUUUACGGACCUUCACUUUAAGGACACUCGCGAGUAUGGACAUACUUACAGUAGCACCAUUCCCCUGUUUACGUACGCUUGCUUCGCAAGAACGGACACUUAACCUUUGGUUGUGGCCUGUUCUUUCGGUGUGUGGGGGUGGAAAGAGACGUAAUCGCAUGAUCACGAUCAGCUGGGAGGCGCGGCGGCGCAGCAGCAGCAGAGGCUUUAGUGCUGGGCUUUGAGGCUCCACAUGAAGGAGAACUGGCACAGUGGCGGCGCAAGUGAAAAAAGGAUCCUGCAAAUCAAAAAUGUGGACGCAAGAAGACUGUGUCCUUCAGCAGCAUGCCAUCAGAGAAGAAAAUAAGUAGUGCAAAUGACUGUAUCAGCUUCAUGCAGGCUGGUUGUGAAUUGAAGAAAGUCCGGCCAAACUCCCGUAUUUAUAAUCGUUUUUUUACCCUGGACACCGACUCGCAAGCACUCCGCUGGGAACCGUCUAAGAAGGACCCUGACAAGGCCAAACUUGACAUUUCUGCUGUAAAAGAGAUCCGAUUAGGGAAAAACACAGAAACAUUCAGGAACAAUGGGCUAGCAGAUCAGAUUUCUGAAGACUGUGCCUUCUCCAUAAUUCAUGGGGAAAAUUAUGAGUCUCUGGAUCUGGUUGCCAAUUCAGCAGACGUGACCAACAUUUGGGUGUCAGGUUUGCGGUACCUGGUUUCUCGUACCAAACAAUGUCUGGAUCUGAUAGAAGGCAGCCAGAAUACUCCACGGUUUGCAUGGCUUAGAUCUGUGUUUGAAGCCGCAGACGUUGAUGGUAAUGGGAUCAUGUUGGAAGACACAGCUGUAGAAUUAAUAAAACAGCUGAACCCUGCCUUAAAGGAGUCAAAGAUCAGGUUAAAAUUUAAGGAAAUCCAGAAAAGCAAAGAGAAACUAACGACCCGUGUAACACAAGAGGAAUUUUGUGAAGCAUACACUGAGCUUUGCACCAGACCUGAAGUUUAUUUUUUGCUGGUGCAGAUAUCUAAAAACAAAGAAUACUUAGAUGUCAAUGACCUCAUGCUUUUUUUAGAAGCUGAACAAGGGGUGGCACAAGCAACUGAAGAAAUGUGUCUUGAUAUUAUUCAUAGGUAUGAAUUUUCAGAGGAAGGGCAGUCAAAGAGUUUUCUUGCAAUUGAUGGAUUUACUCAGUAUUUGUUGUCUCCAGAAUGUGAUAUUUUUGACCCUGAGCAUAAAAAGGUUGUCCAAGAUAUGACCCAACCUUUAUCACAUUACUAUAUCAAUUCGUCUCACAAUACCUACUUAAUAGAAGACCAGGUCCGAGGGCCAGCUGAUAUCAAUGGUUAUGUCAGGGCAUUGAAGAUGUGCUGUCGCAGUAUUGAACUGGAUGUUUGUGAUGGUCCAGAAAAGGAGCCCAUCAUCUGCAAUCGUAACAGUAUGACAUCACCUCUAUCCUUUCAUUGUGUCAUUGAGGUGAUCAACAAAUUGGCCUUUGUUUCAUCACAAUACCCUCUUAUUCUCUGCUUGGGAAACUACUGCUCCAUACAGCAGCAGAAGGUUAUGGCUGAACAGAUGAAGAAGGUUUUUGGAACCAAACUCUAUACCGAUGCACCACUACCAUCAGAAACAUAUCUCCCGUCUCCCGAAAAACUGAAAAUGAAAAUUAUCAUCAAAGGGAAGAAAUUGCCUGAUGAUGAGGAUUUAUUAGAGGGAGAAGUCACUGAUGAAGAUGAAGAAGCUGAAAUUUCUCGAAGAAUGUCUGAAGAAUAUUUGGAAGAACCAAAGAUGUCCUUGCUAUGCAAGGAGCUGUCUGACCUUGUAUCUAUAUGUCAGUCUGUCCAGUUUGCGGAUUUUGAGAGCUCAAUGAAAAGUCAGAAUUACUGGGAAAUGUGUUCCUUUAGUGAAGCAGAGGCUAGUAGAAUUGCAAAUGAGUAUCCAGAGGACUUCGUAAAUUACAAUAAGAAAUUUCUGUCUCGAAUAUACCCUAGUGCCAUGAGAAUAGAUUCUAGCAACUUAAACCCACAAGAUUUUUGGAACUGUGGUUGCCAGAUAGUGGCAAUGAAUUAUCAAACACCGGGUCCAAUGAUGGAUUUACAUACUGGUUGGUUUCUACAAAAUGGGGGAUGCGGUUAUGUUCUUAGACCUUCUGUUAUGCGAGAAGAGGUUUCAUACUUCAGUGCAAAUACAAAAGGCAUAGUUCCAGGGGUCUCACCUCAAGUGCUACAUGUCAAAAUCAUCAGUGGUCAGAACUUUCCAAAGCCCAAAGGAGCCUGUGCCAAGGGGGAUGUCAUAGAUCCCUAUGUGUUUCUAGAAGUCCAUGGUAUCCCUGCAGACUGUACAGAACAGAGAACUAAAACUGUUCAGCAAAACAGUGAUAAUCCCAUUUUUGACGAGAGCUUUGAGUUUGAGAUAAAUCUGCCAGAGCUUGCCAUGAUUCGCUUUGUUGUGCUGGACGAUGAUUAUAUUGGUGAUGAGUUCAUAGGCCAAUGUGCCAUCCCUCUAGAAUGUAUACAGCCAGGCUAUCGACACAUACCUUUGCGCUCCUUUGUUGGAGACCUUAUGGAGCAUGUUACCCUUUUUGUGCACAUUGCAAUAACUAACCGAAGCGGUGGAGGGAAGGCCCAUAAGCGCAGUUUAACCGCAAGAAUAGGAAUGAAAACAAGAGACUAUACCAUGCUGCGAAACACGAGCCUUAAGACUGUAGAUGACAUCUUCAAACUAGCAGUACAUCCAUUAAGGGAGGCAACAGACAUGAGGGAAAAUAUGCAGGGAAAUAAACCUUGGACACGCAUCCCAGGACCAUCAUGGGCAAACAAGGAAAAGAAUACAAUUGUGUCUGUUAAAGAGCUUUGUGGACUCCCGCCGAUUACCAGCUUGAAGCAGUGCAUUUUGACCUUGUCCUCGCGCCUUAUGAAUAGCGACAAUGUCCCUUCAGUGGCUCUUUGUAUGAAAGACACCUUUCCCUACCUAGAACCGUUGGGGACACUAACGGAUGUGCAGAAGAAGGUUCUAGCUGCAUAUGACCUGAUGAUUCAAGAGAGCAAGUUUCUUAUCGAAACAGCAGACGCUGUUUAUGACAAGAUCGUUCAGUGCCAGAAAGCAGGAAUGGAACUCCAUGAAGAGCUUCAUAACCUGGGAACCAAGGAAGGCUUGAAAGGAAGAAAGCUCAGCAAAGCAAUUGAGAGUUUUGCAUGGAAUAUCACUGUGCUAAAGGGCCAAGGGGAUCUACUGAAGAACGCCAAGAAUGAAGCCAUAGAGAACAUGAAACAGAUCCAACUGGCUUGCUUGUCAUGUGGACUGAGCAGAACUGCAAGUGGGACUGUGGAUGCCAAGUCCAGACGAUGUCUUGAGGCCAUAGAAGAAAAGGAGACGGGUGAUGAGAAUGGGAGGCUGUGAAAAAUGGGCCAGAACUGCCUGGCAUGGCAUAUAUUUCAAUAGCCUGAAAUUAUUUUUUUAACACAUUACAAAGAAAGAGAGAGAGAGAGAGAGAGAGAGAGAGAGAGAGAGAUUGCCCUCUACAGGGUAUCAGAAGUAUUAAAAUCCUCACAAUGCCAGUGUUUUAUUGCAGUUCAUUUAUCUAAAUUUAAACUCUUGAGUAGUGACAUUUCUAAUAAAUCCAAGCUUUGUAUGUGUGUGUGUGUGUGUUGGAAUCCAGUAAAAGCUUUGUCAUGAGUUACAUUGUUAGCCCUUUCCUUAUUUAUUAUUUUGGCACCUUUGAUUAGAUUUUUAUCAUUCUGAAGAUCCAGGCGGAUAGAGAGAAUGCAUAAUGCGUUUUUUUUUUGCUUCAUUGUACCAUACUGUCAUUUUAGCGGCAGCAUUGCUAUGUAAUGCAGAUUUUAUCAGCAAAAGAAAACACAUACCAAAAAAGAACCUCAUAUUUUAUUAUCAUGGAUUAAUAAUGGAUUCUCAGCAUAGUAGGAAUGAUAAAUAAUUAAUUUACCCAUUAAAUUAAGGUGAUGAAAUAUUAAACAAUCAGAAUUUUUUGAUAGUCCUCAGUUGAAUUUCUGAUGAAUGUUCUACUGGCUUUUUUUUUUUUUUUGGCUAAUCAUGAUUUGAAAGGCAUUCUUAUUAAUGGAAGAAAUUGGUCACUUUGUUUCAUUCAAGAAAGCUGGCACUAUAUCUUGAGCUCUAUGAAAUGUGUAUAGCUAAGAGCUGAGUGAUUCCAGGCUUUGGUUAUGAAAUGUGACAUAUCAAGUGGCUUUUUUUGACAUAAUAGAAUAUGAAGGUGAGCUUUAGUAAUUCUGGAAUGUUUCCCAGUGUCAUUAUCUGGUGGAAGUUUAUUCAAACUGUGAGCUUGAGAUAAAACUCAAAGAUCUUAAUUUUGCUUGCUUUAUUCCUGUGAACAAUCCUGCACAAGAGAAGAGCAAGGACUAUUUUUCGUUAUACAUGUCAAAAACAGAGGCCUAAUUCAAACAGAAGUUACACCUCUGGCUACAAAUGCAAGUAGAGAUAACACAGAAUACCAGUCUUUGCUACUCACCCAGAAGGAAGACUUGUUGAACUGCACAGCUCUAAGCAUUGCUCUGCAAAUCUCAAGCCUUUCCUCUAUAAUCUUAGUUGUUCUCUCAGCAUGUUUUCAUGUAUCUUCAGAUAUAAUAGAGAAUUGUGAGCAUAUACUUACAAGAUGUGAAGCAGGCCUAAGACAAAUAAUAGCCUUAUUUUGUUAUGUCCAAGGGCAAGGGCACAACCAAAUCGAGUUGGUAAAAAUGUGGGAUGAGCUGAUUAGAGCUGAGUUGUUGAAUGGAACUUUCACAUAGCCAGCUAAUAAAUAUAACGUGAUCAAAGUUACCAUGUUACUAUGCAGAGCACCAUGUGCAUUGAUGUCAUUAGAUUAAUAAAUACAGUAAUUUACUGGGAUGUCACAAAGCUGACAGUGGGUUAACAUUAGUGCUGGAUCAGUCACAUGACUCUUCCAUGGCUCCUUCCUGAUCUGCUCAAGCUACUUUUCCACUCCACCAAUGUCGUUCUGUAAACAUCAUCUACUAGAAAUCUGAGCUACUUUGAGAGUAUCACUAAAGGUGUUGCAUCAGAAAUAAAUAGCUUGGAAAGUAUAAUGGUUACCAGAAAUUCUCAACAUCAUGUUGAACAACUGAUUUCUACUUCGGUUCUGUCUCAUGGUGAAGCUUGAGGAUAUAACCAAACAAAAACAAACAUCUCUGUUCUACCAACCUUCAUAGUGUCUGGCUCAAACAUUCUUAACAGUGUUCCUAUAUUUCAGUCUUCUCAAUGCUUAUGUAUUUGCAUUACCUCUAAUAGAAAUUAGUGUUCUAUGGAUAUUGUUGUUAUGUGCCUUCAAGUCGAUUACAACUUAUGGCGACCCUAUGAAUCAGUGACCUCCAAGAGCAUCUGUCAUGAACCACCCUGUUCAGAUCUUGUAAGUUCAGGUCUGUAGCUUCCUUUAUGGAAUCAAUCCAUCUCUUGUUUGGCCUUCCUCUUUUUCUACUCCCUUCUGUUUUCCCCAGCAUUAUUGUCUUUUCUAGUGAGUCAUGUGUUCUCAUGAUGUGUCCAAAGUAUGAUAACUUUAGUUUCAUCAUUUUAGCAUCUAGUGACAGUCCCGGUUUAAUUUGUUCUAACACCCAAUUAUUUGUCUUUUUCCCGGUCCAUGGUAUGCGCAAAGCUCUCCUCCAACACCAAGAGACUAUAUUUAUUUAAAGCAGUGCUUUUAUUUUGAAAAGCUAUUUAAAUUAAUCUGAUUAACAAAUGUGCUGAUUUUACUCAACUUAACA